CUGACGGCGAAGCCGGGCGCUGCCCGGAUUCGGUGGCUCUGACGGCAUUUGCUCCCACCCCCCCGGGGGUGGUGCCCCGUGCCCGGGGGAGCCACCGAUGGGCCGAAAUUCUGGGGCCCUUCCCCCCUGGUGUGGGCGGCCGAGGGUGUCCCUUUUGGGCGCGGCGGGAACAAAAAUCGGGCUGUCCUUCAAAACUAAAACGAUGCCGGUACUCAAGAAUACAAAAGGGACGGAACAGUGGCCUGCGUGUGGAGGUUGGCACCCUCUCUGGGGUGCCCCUUUCUCUGCAAAAGACUUUAGGAACCUCAAGUGGUUUGGGAGUUGGAUUGUUCUCUUGGGAACAUCCCCCCAGAAGGCUGAAAAAGCCUGGCCUGUUCUGCUAGUUAUAAUUUAAUAUUCACAUCUGCGGAUCAAAUAGUAGGAUUAAUACUUAAUGCAUGAGCCACUUUUUCCUUUUUUUAUCUGAAAGUCAUUGGUCCCAUUGUCACCUUGCUCAGAUGUUGUUAAAACCUUUAUGCAUUUUUCCAGAGGAAAUAUAUUUCCUUAUAUUCUGGUAGUGAUUAUUGAAUUAAAAAAAAAAAAAAAGUGUCACUAAGAACUUAAAUAUCUUGGGUUUGGAGUAGUCUUGUAGGUUAUAGCCCCUUGCUGAGCUUUGAGGCUCAUAUCUAGAGUAAUCAUCUUUAUUUUUGUAAUGGUUAAAAAAAAAAAAGAGUGAGUAUGGGAAGGCCGCUUUGUGUGUUGAAGAGUAUUUAAGAACCGUGAUCAGGCACUGUAACCCAAUCUGCUGAUAAGUAUUUUGCUACUGACUGGUCUUUCAGCUCUGGAAAACCCAUGGCAAAAUAAAAUCACUAGACAUCUCAGUAACUCAUCAUCAAAUUUUUGGUCCUGUCUUCAUCCUGUUAACAUGUGCAACAGUUACAAUGUUAAGUUCUACCACAGCAAAGCUCUCACCUCCCCCUACCCAGGAUCACGCAUUGAGCGUAGCCAAGUUCCUGAAGAUAAAGUGGGCUGGUUGACUGAGUGGAAGGAUUAUAAUCCUGUGGAGUACACUGCGAUGUCUGUUUUGGCUGGACCCAAUUGGGCAGAUCCCCAAAUCAAUGAUAAAGGUUUUUCUCCCAAAUUCAAUGAGAGAGAUGGAGAAGUAGAAAGGACGAGUCUGCAUGGCUUGUAUGUGGUUGAAAAUGGGAGGCCCCGAAAUCCAGCAGGAAGGACUGGCCUCACAGGCAGAGGAUUGUUAGGGCGUUGGGGACCAAACCAUGCUGCUGAUCCUGUUGUAACUAGGUGGAAGCGGGAUGCGAGCGGCCGUAAAAUUGCUCAUCCAGUUACUGGCAAAAACAUCUUACAGUUCGUAGCAAUCAAGAGGAGAGACUGUGGGGAGUGGGCCAUUCCAGGGGGGAUGGUGGACCCAGGGGAGAAGAUUAGCGCUACCCUGAAGAGAGAAUUUGAGGAGGAGGCCUUGAACUCCUUGCAGAAAUCACCUGAGGAGAAAGCACAAUUGGAGAAGCAACUCCACAAGCUGUUCAGCCAGGAACACUUUGUGGUGUACAGAGGAUAUGUGGAUGACCCUCGUAACACUGAUAAUGCCUGGAUGGAGACAGAGGCUGUGAACUAUCAUGAUGAAACUGGUGAGACAAUGGAUAAUUUGCCUCUAGAAGCAGGUGAUGAUGCUGGAGUAGUAAAGUGGGUUGACAUCAAUGAGAAGCUCAAGCUGUAUGCAAGUCAUAGCUACUUCAUUAAGCUUGUGACCGAAAAACUGGGAGCCCACUGGAGUGAGGAUGCUGGUCCUGAGUGCUGAGAGUGAUGUAAACGAGGAACCGAUGGACACCAAGGGGAGAAUAUGUUUUCCAGAUUUGGAACAGAUGACAUUGUCCGUUUCAGUGGAAAUUCAGUGAAAAUUCUGUGCAAUUCAGCUGGCAAAAACGCUUGGCAGUAAUAAAUAGAGGACUUUUCAGAGGCUCCAGAUUGCUGCUUUUGAUUUCGCAGGCUGUGUGAAAUGAGAUGGAUGUGUGGAGCUGUUACCUUGUUUUGCUUUCUUGUCUUCACUAUUUGCAGUUCUAUCUACAGAUUUGCACGAUGACACUGGAAUUCUAGCUGGCUGUAGUUCAGAGGCUGUUCACUUCAGCUCUGUAGUUUUUGCACUGAUUUCUUCUCAGGAGCAUGAAUUCUUAAGGGAUGAGAGACUUGUAGGAUGAUAACCUGAAUAAUGACUUAAGUGCUACAUAAUAGAGAAGUUUAUUUUCUGAGUCAUUUCACUUAACGUCUUUUCAGUGAUUUUUUUUUUUUUGAGAGAUUAGUUUUUGCAUUUAAUUGCUUUCUAGUUUACAGUGUGGAUGGUAUUCACAUCCGAAUGCCUGACAGUGCCUCUAUAAAGAUAACUUGGAGGAUGUAACUUGACUGAUUUUGGGAGCUGGAGUUCGAGGUUCCCCUCUCUCCACUGCUUAUGGCAGUACAGCUGUUGGGGAGACUGUGCCAUAAACAGGAUCAUUGGAAAGAGGAGCCUUAAUGUAUAAUCUUGUAAAUUGUGAUUGCUUUUUUACAGUUUAGGUAAUGUGAAUAACUUGCAGUCACUCACUGUGGUGAGUGAUGUGGGCCUUCUGUGGCAUUUUUGCUGAUAACAAAAGCUGCACAGCAGUUGCUGACACUUCUCCAUGUGUUUUUAUUCAAGUGGUAAUUGGUGUAAAUUGUGUAAUAACAUCAGGAAUUGGUGACAGUAACAGCUGAAAGUUGCAGUUGAGAGAGACCUGGGGAGGGGAUCUUAAUGAAUUUUGAGUCAUGUGUUGGAGUAUGGUAGUGCUAAAUGUCAUGGUCUGGAAUUACCUUGUGUAGCAGUACUGUGACAUGCUCAUGCUUUGUUGUGACUGUUGGCCACAUCCUGCUUAACUAAUGAAUGAUUCUAGAGCAUGUUCAUUUUCAGUGCCAUCCCUUCCUCCCAAUUAGCUAAUGAAAUCAGGAAGAGUUGUGUGUUUAUACAGGGAACCCUGGGAAUCUUGUGGAGUUAUUAGUAUGUUCCUUUCAAAGGAAAAAGUAAUGCUAAGAGUUAUUAAUUUUUAUUUCAAUCUUCGUUCACCUCUUCCUGCAAUUUUGAUUUCUUUGGUGGUCUUACUAAAACAGCAUAACUGCUUUCUGUUGCAGUAGAAGCUUCCAUAGACUUGGUUUAUGCAAAAAUCUUCCUCCAAAUCAUAAGUAAGAUCUAGUGGUUGCUUAGGCAGAAAUUAUUUUGAUUAAUCAGUCCAUCUUCAGCAUAGUAUGGAGACUGGGUAAUAUCUGAUAGGGACAGGUGAAGACCUGAGAGAACCUGUGAAACUCAGAAUGGACAAAAGGCAUAGCCCAGCUUCAGGAGUUCCCUUCCCUUUCUACUCCUGGUCUUUGGAAACAGGAUCACAGAAUUAAGAGAUGAAGACAACUAAGAAAUUUGAUGCUCAGCUUUUUUUCAAGCUUAACCAGUAAUCAGACAAGGUUGGAGGGGACUGUGCACUUUAAACCACACUGGAUUCAGAGGUGGGCAUGUGAAACAGGACUUAGUUGCUAUUUACUCUGUUUCCAGUGCACUGGUGAGAAAGGUGGGAAGGAGCUGUAGGAAGUUGAAAAUUAUCUAGAAGCGACAGUGUUCUGUAGGAGGCAUCUGUAGUUUUCAAGGGGUCUGCAGAGGUAAGAGAAUGGCAGGUUAGAAUUAAUAGCAGUUAAUUACUUUAAAGUUCAAUUAACAUAUUAUAUAGAGCAGGCCCCUAGCAGUACAGUUGGGUUUUGAAAGUGUGACCACAAGAGCAGACCCUUCUUAAGUUUGUGGGAGGUGAAAUGUGCAGCUGCUCACAGCUGAGAACAUGGGUGAUUAUACUGUGGCAUGUCAAAAUACCAUGUUUUUUUUCUUGAAUGUUACUGUUUACAUAUGAAGUGCUUAACACAAUGUACAAUACUAAAGGUGAAAAUGGGAGAAAAUUUCAGUUCUGAAAGUACCAUACUCAAUGAGACAAAAUGCACUGUUUCCAUAGCCAGUGCAUUAUUCCUGGAAAGCAAAAUUUCCAUAAAGAAUCUUUUCAGUCUUCACUGAUCUUGUGUUAAAGCCUUUUUUGGAUAGGCUUAGUGGACUUGGCUAUGUGCUUGUGGAUUGUCAGGUUUCUGGGCAAGAUUUUUGGUUAGACAAUUUUCUGUUGGAGUGUGUUGAUUUUAUAUGGUAUGCAGUACAGAAUGCAAUUAUUUCAUGCAUAUCCCAGUACCUUACUCAGGUCUUGUGUACUUGUGUCCUGAAAUUUAUUGUAUAAUUACAAUAUUGAAAGUUUAUAAGUAAAUGUAGUGGCAAAUCUUUUGGAAAAUGGUCAACUUCUUUAUAUGGGUGAUGCUAGCCUGUAUGUUAACGCAAGUUAAAUGUGUUGGAAAGUGUUAUUUUUCAGCCCUACAUGUGGCUCUAACUUAUCCUACGCUACUUUUUAAAAAUAUCUAAGAGAUUAUUCCCAAAGAUUUGCAUACCCAGAUAAAUACCUAAUAUCUGAAAAACAGCAGCAGAAUUUUGAGGAAGUUUGUAAUCUCUCUUCAAGCUGAAGAAAUAGAGUUGGGUUUGUAUUUAAAAAAAAACAGUUACCCCAUAGAAUGCAUGCCUGCUAAUUAGCAAGCAAAGUGGGUUAUUCUCCUUGAGCUUCAAAGAUAAACUGCAAUUACUCCCAGCUCUCUCCUGUGGUAGUUUGUCAUUCAGACACUGUGCUCUGUGUCCCCGAUGGAGCACUCCUUGGCCAGCUAGAGCUUCCUGCAGUCUUACUUCACCUCGUGCUACUGGACAGUUCAAUUACCUCAGACUUGAGCUUGCUGAGCCUGCAGAGCAGCCCUGUGGCCUGGGCCUCUAAAGAAGUGACCACCAGCUUUCAUGAACCUAUUCAGUUGCUGCGAAAAGACAGUCAUCUUGUGUCAGUGUAUUCCUGUUCAGUACCAAAAUCCCCAGUUAAAUACAAAUGUUAUAACUAAUGAGAUUCCAUUAAUUUACAAAAAAAAUAUUUGCAUCUUCCAUGCUGUCUGAACCGGAACUUUCACUACUGCUAUCCUGUAGAAGAAUGAUUUUUUUUUUUUCUUUUACAGUAAGGUAUAAUUCCUUCUGCUUGUAUUUCUUUAAAAAAAAUAUAUAUAUAUAUCAAGCAAUUCAUUUUGGUUUUGAUAUUUUUUUAUUUUUCUGUUAGAAAGCAAAGAUAGUUCUGCAAAGGGAACUUAAUCUUCAUUGUCUGUAGUACUGUUAGCUGAAAUAGCUAAUGGAGAAAAUACAGGCCCUGUUGUUGUGCUGGGUAUAAGCGUGUUACUAGUGCUUACAAUUUAUUUUUUCUUCUUUUAAAGUUUGAGAAGUCAAUAAUAAGUUGAGAAUCUAGAAUGGUAAUAACAUAAAUAAGAUUAGGCCUGUAUCAAAUGUAUUUUUAAGGCUGCUGUGUUAGUUUAAGAGCAUGUGAUUUCCAAUUUACAAUAUUAACAUUUCCCGCUUUGGAUGCCUGUUUAGUUUCUUCUUCAGUACUUACUACAUUCACAACAGCAAGAACCAUGCUCAGAACGCAACCUCAGAACAGGAAUUGCAUUUCAAGAGAGAGUCCUGUGAAGCAGAUUGAAAGGAAAGAAUUAAAGUGUCCUGGUUUUGGCAAAAGGAAAGACCUGAAGGGUAUGUGGCUUUCCUCUGUGUAGAGAGAAUGGAAAAUCAGACAGCAAGAGCUGUUCCUAGUUGAGUGUGGCUUGUGGUGUGACCUUAAAUGUCAUCUCUGUCUUAGUUGCCUAUGUAUGUGCUCAGAAUAAGUCAUUAUUGAAUAAAGUUUGCUAUUCUUCUGC